GUAAGGCUGACCUUAGCUAGCUUAAGGUCACUUUAUUCCACACACUACUGAUGCCCUAAAAGGAAAAUCAAAUGGUGAACUUAGGUUUGUCCCAAAUUGUUAUCAGCUUUAGAGAUGUUCUCUGAAACAAUUUCGUCCAUUCCCAGAAUUCCUAUUCUACAAAUAAUUUUAUAAUCCUGAGAUUUACUAGAAAUUGUGUAUAUACACCCCUUGUACUAAAUGCUAUUCUUACGGGGGAAACCAUGGAUGUACGGAUGAGGCCCGAGCGCUCCCUUCGGCUGAUCCAUACGAGACAGAGAUGGUCCUCUAAACCCUGCAUGGGUCCCACUUGUCAUUCUCCGUCCUCGCCGGCUCAGGCAACCUGAAGCCUCAUCAAGAACUUCCCCUUCACCUGCUACCCCCCUGUCACGCAAUCGUUCGCGCUCCGAUUGCAACGCGCCAUUCCUCUCGCUCGCCCUCUGUUUCUUAAACCUUUCCCUUCUCUCGGAGCCUCUCCUCCCUUGUUCUUCCUUCUCUGGCGGCGACGACUGGGCGAGCGGCGGCGCCAUUUGUCCUGUCAUCGCCCAGCCCUUUGCCGGCGACGAGCGCAUCCUCCAGUUUGUUCUCAUUGCAGUCGACCCAUUUUUCUACAUAAAGGGCAAUGGGAGCAUCCGUGACAACUGGUAUGCAGAUGCUGGCCAUGCGCCCAUGCAUCCCAGCCUGCAAACAAGUGCUUGGUUCGACAUCAGUGCUAUCUGCAUUUGGAAGGGCACUUAGUACCAGAACUGGGUUUGGCAGCUGUUCCAAACCCACAUCAGUGGGGCCAAUGACUUCUUCAAAUUGUAAGGGGGUUAUUGUGAGGGCAAUGUCUCAGAGAGGUUCUCAAGGGCUUCCCAUUGAUCUCACAGGCAAAAGAGCAUUUAUUGCUGGAGUUGCUGAUGAUAAUGGUUAUGGUUGGGCAAUUGCUAAGGCUCUUGCUGCAGCUGGUGCUGAGAUUCUUGUUGGUACAUGGGUGCCUGCGUUGAACAUAUUUGAGACAAGCUUGAGACGUGGAAAGUUUGACGAAUCACGGAAGCUGCCUGAUGGAUCCCUUAUGGAGAUCGCUAAAGUAUAUCCACUGGAUGCAGUUUAUGACAUUCCUGAGGAUGUUCCUGAAGAUGUUAAAGCCAACAAAAGAUAUGCUGGUGCUUCAAACUGGACUGUUAAGGAAGUUGCUGAAACUGUGAAGAAUGAUUUUGGCAGCAUUGAUAUCCUUGUGCAUUCUCUCGCUAAUGGUCCUGAGGUAACAAAGCCACUGUUGGAGACAUCAAGGAGAGGGUAUCUUGCUGCAAUUUCAGCAUCUAGUUAUUCCUUUGUUUCCUUACUUCAACACUUCCUUCCCAUAAUGAAUCCAGGAGGUGCUAGUAUCUCUUUGACCUACAUAGCUUCUGAGAGGAUAAUUCCUGGCUAUGGUGGUGGUAUGAGUUCAGCAAAAGCAGCACUCGAGAGUGAUACAAGAGUUCUUGCGUACGAAGCAGGUCGAAAAGGCAAAAUCAGAGUAAACACAAUAUCAGCAGGUCCACUGGGAAGCCGGGCUGCGAAAGCUAUCGGAUUCAUCGAGAAGAUGAUAGAGUAUUCCUAUGUCAAUGCACCACUGCAAAAGGAGCUAUUGGCAGAUGAAGUUGGGAACACAGCAGCAUUCCUCGUGUCCCCGUUGGCGUCUGCAGUCACUGGCUCGACUAUCUAUGUUGACAAUGGGCUCAACACAAUGGGACUUGCACUUGACAGCCCUACUUUAUCCACAUAAGAGGCUCUCGGCUUUGGAAUUAGCUCAGAGGGCGGUAGAUUUUGCAGGAAAUUGAGUUUAUUGUUUGCAUUAAUUUGAUCUAUCAGUUGCCACCGGGAAUAGAAUUGUAGGAUGCAGUUUCCAUGUAAUGCUAGUAUUUUGCUUUUAUAGGCAACUGAGGUCCCUUUGCUGUCUUCAGCUUCUGUUCGUGUAAGUAAAUCGUCCAAGGUCUGGACCUUUUGUGGUAAAUGUUUUCUUUUAUAAAGAAUCACAAAAUGUGUUGGAACAAGAAA